CAGGACUGUCACUCCAAAAGUGACGUCAUUACUUCCACGUUUGAUUCAACAUGGCGACGAAGAUCGGGUUUUUAAUGCUGUUGGUCCUAAGUGGAAGCUGUCAGGGGUUCUACAUACCUGGUGUGGCCCCAAAUGAUUUCAAGAAAGACGAUCUAGUGGAUGUUAAGGGUGUGAAGCUGACAAGUGUGAAGACUCAGCUGCCCAUGGAGUACUACAGAGUACCGUUCUGUGAGCCGGAAGGGGGCGCAGAAUUCAAACCAGAAAACCUCGGUGAAGUACUGCGUGGUGACAGAAUUGUGACAACUGCUUAUCAGAUUCGUACCCUGGUGGACAAGACCUGUACACUCCUGUGUGGGAACAAACCGGCCAAGAAACUAACGCAGAAAGAGUCUAGAAUCCUGGUAGACCUCAUCAAGAACGAUUACUACGUUAAUCUGUUAGUAGAUAACCUGCCAGCUGCAACGAAGUUUAUGAUGCUGGAUUCAAACACAGAACAGUACGAACAUGGCUACAAGCUGGGCUUCGAGAAAGAUGGCAAAUAUUACCUGAACAAUCACUUGGCAAUUGUUCUCAAAUAUCACACCGUUGAGGAAGGCGGCAACACCUACCGUGUGGUAGGGUUUGAGGUGAAGCCAGAAAGCAGAGCAAUAAAGGACUAUGAACUAAAGGAUGAACAGUGUGCCAGGAAAACUGACCUGGUCAAAGGCAACCCUGAGCCCAUGAUGAUCGAGGCAAAAGAGGACCAGGAGGUGCUGUUCACAUACGAGGUGAGCUGGCAUGAGAGCCCCAUGAAGUGGGCCUCGCGCUGGGACCUGUAUCUCACCAUGAGCGACGUGCAGAUCCACUGGUUCUCCAUUGUCAACUCUGUGGUCGUUGUGUUCUUCUUGUCUGGUAUAUUGACAAUGAUCAUGGUGCGGACACUGAGGAAGGACAUUGCUAAAUACAACAGAGACGAUGACCUGGAAGAGACCCUGGAGGAGUCCGGCUGGAAGCUGGUUCAUGGGGACGUGUUUAGACCCCCCAGGGCCAACAAGCUGCUUGCAUCCCUCCUUGGUGCUGGCAUCCAGAUCUUCUGUAUGGCCCUCAUCACUAUCGUGUUUGCCAUGUUGGGUAUGCUGUCCCCUGCCUCCAGGGGGGCCCUGAUGACAGCAGCAGUCUUCCUCUUCAUGUUCAUGGGUCUGAUUGCUGGUUAUUAUGCUGCGAGAAUCUACAAGACAAUGAAGGGGACCCAAUGGAAGAAGUCUGCAUUUCAGACUGCAACCCUGUACCCAGCGUUCAUAUUUGGCUCCUGCUUCGUGCUCAACUUCUUCAUCUGGGGCAAGCACUCAUCAGGGGCUGUCCCCUUCACCACCAUGCUGGCCCUUCUCUGUAUGUGGUUUGGAAUCUCUCUGCCUCUCGUAUUCCUUGGCUAUUACUUCGGCUUCAGAAAACAGGCGUAUCAGCACCCAGUGAGGACCAAUCAGAUACCACGACAGGUGCCUGAACAAGCCUGGUACAUGAACACUUUCCUGAGUAUACUUAUGGCUGGUAUUUUGCCCUUUGGAGCCAUGUUCAUCGAAUUAUUCUUCAUUUUUACGGCCAUCUGGGAGAAUCAGUUCUACUACCUGUUUGGCUUCCUCUUCCUUGUGUUUAUCAUCCUCAUCAUCUCAGUGUCCCAGAUAUCUGUUGUCAUGGUCUACUUCCAACUGUGUGGAGAGGACUACCAUUGGUGGUGGAGAUCUUUCCUCGUGUCGGGAGGUUCGGCUGUCUACAUCUUUGCCUAUUCUAUAUUCUACUUUGUCACAAAGCUGGAAAUCACAGCAUUUGUAUCAACACUGCUUUACUUCGGCUACACCCUACUAAUGGUGACCACCUUCUGGAUUCUAACAGGCACCAUUGGCUUCUUUGCUGCCUACUGGUUCAUAAGGAAAAUCUACAGUGCUAUCAAGAUAGAUUGAUGGCUUUCCUGUGAUAGAAAUGUGUUGGAAUUUGACAUUUAUGAUGUGGGUGACAUUUUUUUCUUAAUUAGAAGUAUUCAAUGUAAUAUAUAAGUGGGUAAUAAUUUCUAUCACCAAUUUGGUUGCGUUACCAGCAUAUUGCUAUGGUAACUAAACCACCAGCUUAUUGCUAUGGUAAUCACCAGUAUAUCUCUAUAGCUACCCAGAUUGUAUGCAGCAGUCUUAGUGUACUGUGUCUUGGAAGUGCAUUUUGUUCAAUGCGAGGCUGAUUGUAGCUAAGAUGGUUCAGAUUGGAGAGCUGUGACUCUACUUCUAAGAUAGUUAGUGUUGAAAUCAUUGCUUAUGAUUGUAUAGUCUUUGCUUGUUACUGUUUAAAUCAUAUCUCAUGAUUGUUUCAGAAAUAUUGUUAUUAUUAUUAUUAUGGUUAUAAUUUAACGAAUAGGCAAAUGACAUUUCUUAAUAAACAAACAUAAUAUAAAUUAAAAUUUUUUUUUUAAAGCACAAUGACUGCAUUUGUAAUUUUGUACUCAAUGCACUAAUGUCAUCACAGUUGCCAUAAGCACACCCUUAUAUAUGUUAAUAACUUAUUUAUAUUCACAUAGCCUUGUAGAUACUUUGUUAACCAGGUUUUCCGAAGGAAAAAACUGGUUAUUAGAUUGGCGAAUGCGGGCGGGCUGGCUGGCUGGCUGGCUGGCGGGCGGGCUGGCGGAAUAAGCUUGUCCGGGCCAUAACUAUGUCGUUCAUUGUCAGAUUUUAAAAUCAUUUGGCACAUUUGUUCACCAUCAUUGGACGGUGUGUCGCGCGAAAUAAUUACGUCGAUAUCUCCAAGGUCAAGGUCACACUUUGAGUUCAAAGGUCAAAAAUGGCCAUAAAUGAGCUUGUCCGAGCCAUAACUAUGUCGUUCAUCGUCAGAUUUUAAAAUCAUUUGGCACAUUUGUUCACCAUCAUUGGACGGUGUGUCGCGCGAAAUAAUUACGUCGAUAUCUCCAAGGUCAAGGUCACACUUUGAGUUCAAAGGUCAAAAAUGGCCAUAAAUGAGCUUGUCCUGGCCAUAACUAUGUCAUUCAUUGUGAGAUUUUAAAAUCAUUUGGCACAUUUGUUCACCAUCAUGGGACGGUGUGUCCCACGAAAGAAUCACGUCAAUAUCUCCAAUGUCAAGGUCGCCACGACUAAAAAUAGAUUUAAAAAAAAAAAAAAACUUACAAAGGGGGUUAAUUUUUUUUGGUCAUUUCAAAAGUUCAGUUUGAGUUUUCUCCCUUUAUCAGAUUUUUUUUUCACAAUGAAAACCUGGUUUUGUGACAAUUUUGUCCCUUGUUUUUCUUUUAAAGUGAUGGAGUGUGUAGAUAGUCGAACAAAGUAAAACACGCUAAAUAUUGUGAUAGUCAUGUAGAUGAUCUGUUCUCAAGUUUACCGCUUUUGUAUUUGAUUAAACUUAACAGUAGUACAUAUAAACAGGCUAGUCCUCACUUAACUAAUGAAAAUAAUUGUCAUGCUAUAUGCGAAAACGAGCAUUCCUGAAAUGUCCAGGUUAGUUUUUUGUUUCGACUUAAGAUCUGUUAUCCGUAUGAAGUGAAAUGUUGAGGCAACCUUGUGUGUUAUCGACACAUUUUUAGUUAAAGUUAAUACCUUUGAAAUGCCUGGCUACCAGUGGGUGUAAAUUGUUUUGGCAAAGUGGAUGCCUGACAAUCUUUUAAUCCUGCAAUUUUUAGUAUUGUAGGGUUUAAUUAUGUGUAUCUAUUUUGCCUAAAUAGAUGUUUCUGCUGUCAAAUGCAAACUUUCUUUCUAUUUUGCUAAAUAGGUGGUGUUUAUGGUGGGAUUUUUUCUUAAAUAUUUUUUUUCUGUUUUGACAUGCAGAAGUGCAUAUUUAUUUCAGCACAAGAGCUUUUUAAUUUUGCAUUCCACUUUAGUUCUUCACCUGUUGCGUUUAAUGCGUUUACUUUUUAAUUUAAUUGUGUUCUAUGGAUCAAAAUUUAACUUCAUUUAUUCUGUGCAUUUCUAAUGCAUGAUAUUAUGCUAUUUUCUGUUUAACAUGUUUUGCUUGGUAUUAAUUCUUCAAUAAUUUAGUUGUUGUCACAACUCCCAAUGUAUUAUACCAAGGAGACUGGAGUAAAGCAAAAACAAAUCAAAGCAUAAAGUAUGUGUAAAAUUAAGUUUCAUCUUGUUCAAAUGCGCUAGCAAGAGAGAUGUUCUUAAUGCAAAUUAAAUUGUUAAAAAAAUAGUCAAUCAUGUUCAUAUAUUUCAUAUGAGAUCAUAAAAGUGGCAUUUUGAGUUUGUAUAUUUCUGUGUAAUUUUGGAGGCUUGAUAUGUAUUUUUAAAAAUGUUGUCUCUUUUUUUCAGAAAAACUAAGUUCUGCCAUUUUAAUGUAAUUUCUAUAUGCGUAAAUCAUCCCUGUGAGCAGUAUUGUCAUUUUUCUGCUGUUUAUUCCAUGUUUACAAACCGUUGAAGCACUAGAUUGAAAAUCACUUAAAAAGAUAUUUUUAACGCAUUGCAUAUCACAGGUUUUAAGUAUUCUACGUAAAACCUGUAAUUUGUAAAACAAAUUAAUCCACAAUGUUUAUAUGAAACAUUUUGGUUACCGUUGUUAUAAGUGAGGUACUGAACAUCUAUGUAUGGGAUAUUAUGUCUUAAAAUCUUUGUCUUUUGAAUUCCAUGUGUUUGUUUUGUCGUAGCAUUGUUAAUGACAUGCAAUGUGACUGCCCGAGUCUGCGGUUGGUUGCUAUCACAAAUGUAUCGGCACAUGUAAUUAUUCGAGAAUAUUGUUUUGGAUAUAAAUGUGUAUUAUUGAUCGGUAAUAAAAUGUAUUUAUUUUAA